CUAUUUAAGAGACAAGUAGUAAUUAUAAUCAUAACCAUAAACUAAUACAAAUGUCCCAAAUAACAAUUAACUAUAAUGAUUCGCGAACAAUUGGUACGAGGACUCGAGAUAAUACUAAUAAAAGAAGUAAAGACUUUGGCAAUGAGAUGCAUAAAUGCACAUCAUCUUCAUAUAUCAAGGAUUGUUCAACUGGCGGCGACUUGAUCGGGCUGAAAGCCCUCUGCUACAAUAGCGACGACGACUAUGAAAAAUGCGUCAAUAGUGACGACUCCGAAACUGAAGAACAAGGUGGGGAUGUGCCUGAUGAGCUACUUUCCCUCGGAAAGCUGAGCCUCGGACCCAAGGAGAAACUGCUGGUAAUCUCACUCGGUGGGUUCCUCUGCCACAGGGUAUUCAAAUACCGGAAGAACAAAGUCAGGAUUCCUCGCAACCGCAAGCCUGAUGCAGAUAUUGGAACCUUCCGCAUUUACAAGAGGCCUUACUGUGACGACUUCGUCAAAUUCUGCUUGGAACGAUUCCAAGUAGGAAUCUGGUCCUCCUCCAAAGAGUCGAAUUUGGAUGAUGCUCUGGAUUGUGUAAUGGGAGAUCUCAAGAAACAGCUUCUGUUCACUUGGGAUCAGGAAGAAUGUACCAUAACAGAAUUCAAGUGCUUGGAUAACAAGUAUAAGCCCAUCUUCCUCAAGGAUCUGAACCAACUUGUGGAGUCUCUCAGCGCCAAAGGCACCAAGUAUUUGGCUACAGAAACUCUGCUGAUAGAUAGUGAACCUUACAAGUCCCUUGUUAAUCCGCCUAAUACAUCCAUUUUCCCCGAGGAGUACACUGUCUCGAACGUCUCCGACAACGAUCUAGGACCUGAAGGGAAGCUGAGGAAGUACCUGGAUGAACUCUCUGAAGCUGAAGAUGUGCCUACUUUCGUGAAAACCAAUCCAUUUGGCAAGCCUGCAAUAACUUCUUCACACCCAGAUUGGAGCUUUUACAGCAAGAUCAUCGACGUUUAUGGAAAGAAAUGAAUCUCGCUUUUUAGCCUAGUCUCGUCGUUCGAUAUCUUUCCUUGCAAGUGCUUCUCGAAACAGUAGACUGUUUUCUUUGUUUCCUAAAAAGAGUAGUAUAUAUCAAGCAAAUCGCUUGCUAUUUAUGGAAGUGAUGUUGGGCUACAAUUGAAAAUGCAUUGAAAUGAUUAAUCCAAACCAACGUCUAAGGAAAAUUCAUAAGAAUUGGAACCCUCCUUAGAAAAGAGCCAUUAAUACUGAUUGUAAUUGUGGUGGCUGUUAUUGUUGUUGAUGUUGCCUUUGAACGACAGUUGCCUCCCAUCAUUCAUAUUCUAAUAGCCUCUGCCGUCACGUGACAGCCGCCUCACUUUUGGCAGGGAUCGCCGUCGGCUGGGGUGCAGCGGCCGUCUGCGGCUCACGGUGAGUGUACUUACGCUUAUGGACCUUGUAGCCGUUUGGCAUGAAGGUGCCUACAACCAUCUUUACCAAUGAUACCAAAUUAGUGGUUAGAAUUAAAGAAGUCAAAAUCGCACUUUAAAAAUUAAAAGUUUACGCAUUUACGUUUCUAGGUCGUCAUAACGCUUUGACUGCAUUAGUUAAAAUGUAUGGUGAAUGAAUUGAGAAAGCUCCCAUGAAUAUUAUAAGCCAGCGCAAAGUUCCUUAGAUAGGACUGGCGGCCAAGAGAAGGCCGGCGACGCCUUCCCUCCAUUUUUAGUAACUGUGAAUGAUCCCGUCAACGACGGUAUUUCAAACCUCCCUGCCAUUCAAGAAAUUUGAGAGAUCGUGGGAUCGUUUGGAUGAGUUGUUGUGUAACGAGUUAAUAUAAAAGUGAAAUUUCU